UUCUUGACAGCCUACAAUUGAUAGUCGCAGCAUCCGCCGCAGCUACAACCCGUCCUAGCGUUCGUUCGUUCGUACGUUUAUCGUCUGUAUUAAGAAAAUCGUUUUUCAAUACCAGACAGAAUAAUAUUGAAACAGUGCUAAAGUAAAUGAUAAAAAAAAUAAAUCGAAAGUUUAGUUAAACCGUUAAUAGUAGAAACACCGAACCCAGCAAAAAAAAAAAAAACAGUGAGUACGGCGAGAGAUAAAGAGUGUGUUUGUUGUGCAUAUUAAGGGAGAGAGAGUGUAGAGAGAGUGCAAUCCGCCGUGUAUGCGACGGAGGCUGGAAUGUUUGUUGAUAGAUUGACCAGAACAACAGCUGCCCGGCGUAGAAGCGGACCACCAAAAUCAAAAUGCCCCAUCGUUCGUCAACAAUGAUUCUGAAGAGUACCCGAAAAUAUGUCAAAUAUUUCUAUAUUUUUCUGGGUACCUCACUCAUUGCCCUGGGCGGAUUUUUUCUCAUCUACUCCCGGCCGUUGCUCGAUCGGUUUAUAGAUAGUCAAAUGAUAUUACGUCCCGGCGCCGAACUAACCAAAAUGUGGGCCACUCCCGAUGUCAAUGUUACGGUGGAUUUUUAUUUUUUCAACUGGACAAAUGCCGAAGAUUUCUAUGACAUGUCCACAAGGCCCAAGUUCAAUCAGGUUGGGCCUUUCAGCUACAUUGAAGUGCCGCAUAAGAAAAUCUUUAAAUGGCAUGACAACAACCACACCAUGGAUUAUGCCAAGAUCCAUUAUUAUCAUUACGAUGCGGAACGAUCCAAGCUAGGCUUGAAUGAUACCUUGGUGUCCAUUAAUGCCCUAAUGGUGGGUGCUGCUGCAAAAUCAAGACAUUGGCCUUACCUGAUGCGUACGGUUAUCGAUAUGGCCUUGAAAUUCUAUAAAAAUGGAGCUGUCUGGACAAGAACUGCUGAUGAAUUCUUUUUCAGGGGAUUCAAUGAUGAAAUUGUCAAUCUAUUGGCCGUACUGCCAGCAUCGCUGCGGUAUAACUUGGGAGUUUUUAUGCCAUGGGAUCGGAUUGGUUAUGCCUAUGCUCGCAAUGGCUCCACCGACUUCCUGGGAACGCACAGCAUACACACCGGAGUCGGUGAUAAGACCAAACUCGGCGAACUUCUCCUGUGGAAGGGUCAAAAUCGCACCAAAGCUUUUAGCAACGGCUGCAAUGCCAUUCAUGCUUCGCCGGGUGAAUUUCAGAAGACCAAUUUGAAAAAAUACGAAUCAAUUGAGUAUUUCUUUACGGAUUUUUGUCGAGCCGUAAAGGCGGACUAUGACAGCGAGGUAUACUAUAGGGGUGUACGGGCUUUUCGUUAUAAAAUUUCGCCGAGUGCCUUUGAUAAUGGUACAACGUACCCCGAAUCGAAAUGUUAUUGCGAUGGUGAAUGUAUGCCGUUCGGGGUAUUCAAUAUCAGCAGCUGUUAUUAUGGUCUACCGAUUCUGAUAUCGAAACCACAUUUUAUGGAUGCCGAUCCGUUUUAUGCGAAUGGGGUGGAGGGAAUGGCGCCCAAUAGGAGUGCACAUGAAACGUAUAUUAUUGUGGAACCACGAACGGGGCUUGUGAUGAAUUUGCAGGGGCGUUUGCAGUUGAAUAUUUACAUAAGGCCCACAACGCAUAUAAGAUCCUUUCCGACGAAACGUAACUUUGCCUUCCCCGUCGCCUGGUUCGACAUGACAAUGGAAGUCUCUGAUUUUGGGGCGAUGACACUACGUCUCCUGACCAAUUUCCCUCUCUAUUGUGAUAUUUUGGGAAUCAUACUAAUUUUAUUAGGCAUCAUUGUGGCCCUGUGGAAACCAUGCCGGGAUCAUUGGAAUAAACGUUAUCUCCAACACAUGGAGAUCAAUACCCUGCCCAGUGAGGAGGAUGAAAAACUUCCAUCCAGUGAUUUAGAAUCCAAAGAUAUUAGCAGUAACAAAGAUUUAUUUGGUCUGCGUUCAAACUUCUCAUCACUGAUGUAUAUCACACAUCCGCGUCGAAGUUUGCCGAUUGUGAUAUCCCAUCUGGAGGGCGAUGAUGAGGCGUGGCGUUCGUGUCUGGACGAGGAGCAGCGGGCUGCAAGUGAAGUGACGUCGUCCGAAGAAUGUGAUACCAGUCUGGAAAUGGACAGUUGAUAGGCUGGCAUUUGUGUUUAGUAGAAUGAGACUAUCUCUUUCUCUCUCUCCUCCUCUAGCUCUCUUUAUUUUCUCUGUGUGUCACAGAUGUAGCAUUUAAGUGAUAUUCUUUUCAUGCUCCCUUUAAAGGUGCAUUUCUCUCCCUCUCUCUCAUUUUUAGGUUAAGGGUAGAUUUUUAUAGAACCACAAAAAAAAACCAAAAUACCAAAUGUUUAUUUUAAUCUAAGUCGAUUAUUAAAAUUCUAGGCCUAAGCUCAUCGUUUUUAGCAUCUCAUCAUCAUCGCUCAUUCGUUCAUUUAAUUUAUAGUCUAGGGCGGGUUUUUGUUACAAAAAGUUAUUGCAUUUGAAAAUGUGAUAAAUCAAUUUUAUUAGGAUGUAAAAAAGAAUAAAUUAAAAU